UCCCCCUCUGCUUCUCCGCGCUCCCUCGCUCGCCUCGUCUCUCUACCCGACUGCUGCCUCUGCCUCGGCGCCGAGGGGGAGUCGUCGUCGAAGGCGGCCAGGGAGCGCGGGGACGCCAGCAAAGGGGGCGCCAGAACGCGAGCCACGAGCUAUUUCGUUCUUUCAACAUGCCUUUUGCAGUUGUCCAUUAAGGAAGAAUAGAAUGUUAAAGAAUGGACUGUUUAGGAACGCAGGAACCCCAUUCAAUUGGUAUAUCUACGGGACUUUUGGGAGAUCAUCAUCAUCAAAAGAGUACGUAUGACCAAACAUCAAGGGCAAGCCAGCAAAAUGGAUGUUCCAGUAAUGAAGCAUCAAAACAUAAUAUUGGAAUCUCUGAAGUCCAUUUCUCAUGGGAUGAUUCUAGUGCAGCGAUGACCAAUUUACAUCCACUCUUACCAUGUGAUUAUGGAUCAUUGGUUCCUACACUGGCACCACGCUGCUCAGACUCUGAAACUGUGUUGUCACCUAAUUGGAAACAGAAUGAUUCUCAGUCAAAAGCAAUGUAUCACAGUGGUGAAGCAACAGAUGACAACUCCGAGUUUCUUCAGCUAAUUUUUAGUGACACUUACGAAGGGAACAGUUCAAGUGAUCUGCAAAUUUGGGAUGUUUUGGACCUGUAUUUCCCUGAAAGCUUUGCUGCUGUUCAAUUCAAUACUCUGACGGGUUUUGGAAAUGAUGAUUGUACUUCUUAUAAUGAGUGUGUGGAUGCUGCUGAUAUGGUAGAGAUGAGCAUUUCUCCCCCAUCUCCAGACAGGGACACAGAUGAUGCUAAUUGCAGGGUUCCAGUUGAUUACACUAGCUUUUACCUUCAAAAUAAACCACCAGAUUCAGAUAAUGAGUGCAGCUCUGCCUCUUGCAUCGUGACAGGAUAUCAAUGUACUGAUAAUCAAGAACUACCUAUAGGUCUUCUGAAUUUAAUGGACAUUGGACCACCAGGCGAUUCAGAUGACUUAUCCAGACCAUCACUGACCACAAAAAACAUCAUGCUUGUGCUGGAUCUUGACGAAACCCUUGUCCAUUCAAAGUUACAACCCUGUGAUAAUUUUGACUUCACCCUUCAAGUUUUCUUUAAUAUGGAAGAUCAUACAGUAUACGUGAGGCAGAGGCCUCACCUCGAGAUGUUCCUUCACCAUGUUGCUCAGAUGUUUGAGGUUGUCGUUUUCACAGCUAGUGAAAGUGUUUAUGCUGAGCCUCUAUUAGAUAAACUCGACCCAGACCGGAAACUGAUUUCACGCCGUUUUUACCGAGAAUCUUGUACGUUUUCCAAUGGUACCUACACGAAGGACCUAACGAUUUUUGGAGUUGACUUGGCAAAAGUUGUGAUAGUUGACAAUACUCCACAGGUCUUCCAGCUACAGGUCGACAACGGCAUACCCAUAAAGAGCUGGUUUGACGACCCCGCAGAUGUUGAGUUGAUGGAACUGCUUCAAUUCCUUGGGACCCUCGUCGACGCAAAGGAUGUUCGACCAAUCAUCUCGAAGAACUUCAACAACAAAGGUCUUCCAGCUACAAGUGGAAUGCGCUAUACCCAUAAAGCAAGGGCUGGUUAAUGACCCCACAGAUGU